AUGCAGUCAAUGCAGUCAAUGCAGUCAGGGCCGGGCCCUGCAGUGUCGGAAUCAGCAGGCAUGGGCGGGGCGGGGGCAGGGGGGCAGGGGGCGGGGUCGGCGGUGUCGGGGGCGGAGUCAUGGGUGCCCAUCCCCACGGACGGGAGGGACGACUGGGAGAUCGACAGCCAGCAGCUCAAGCUGCACCACAAGAUCGCGUCCGGCUCCUUUGGUGACUUGUGCGUUGCCCUUGCUUGGUAUCGGGGCACAUACUGCGGGCAGGACGUGGCGAUCAAGAUCUUAAAGCCCGAGCGACUUAACGACUCGCUGCAGCAGGAAUUCGCCCAGGAGGUGUACAUCAUGAGGAAGGUGCGCCAUAAGAACGUGGUGCAAUUCAUUGGAGCCUGCACCAAGCCACCCAACCUCUCUAUAGUCACGGAGUUCAUGGUGGGCGGCAGUGUGUACGACUACAUUCACAAGCAGCGCGGCAGCAUGCGGCUGCCCAUGGUGGUGCGCGUGGCCAUGGACGUGGCAAAGGGAAUGGACUUUCUGCACAAGAACAACAUCAUCCACCGCGACCUCAAGGCUGCCAAUCUGCUCAUGGAUGAGAACGAGGUGAUAGAGCACCGCGCGUACGACCACAAGGCGGACGUCUUCAGCUUCGGCAUCACGCUCUGGGAGCUGCUCACCGGCAAGGUGCGCUGCGCUGCACAUGGGCCAGGGGUGGGGUGGGGAGGGGUGGGGGGAGGAGGGCAAGCUGCCUUUGAGGGCGAGGUAGGGGUCUUUGGAGGGCAAGCUGCCUUUGAGGGCGAGGUAGGGGUCUUUGGAGGGCAAGCUGCCUUUGAGGGCGAGGUAGGGGUCUUUGGAGGGCAAGCUGCCUUUGAGGGCGAGGUAGGGGUCUUUGGAGGGCAAGCUGCCUUUGAGGGCGAGGUAGGGGUCUUUGGAGGGCAAGCUGCCUUUGAGGGCGAGGUAGGGGUCUUUGGAGGGCAAGCUGCCUUUGAGGGCGAGGUAGGGGUCUUUGGAGGGCAAGCUGCCUUUGAGGGCGAGGUAGGGGUCUUUGGAGGGCAAGCUGCCUUCCAGCCAGAGGUCGUCCUGCAGGCACAUGCGCAUAAAUCACCUCUCAUGCCUCAUCAUUCUCCUUCUUCCCUCACUCUUUGUGCGUGUGCUUGUGCAUGUGCCUGUUGUUGUGCGUGCGUGUGUGCAUGUGCCUGCUGUCGUGCGUGUGUGUGCAUGUGCCUGUUGUCGUGCGUGGGUGUGCAUGUGCCUGUUGUUGUGCGUGUGUGUGCAUGUGCCUGUUGUCGUGCGUGUGUGUGCAUGUGCCUGUUGUCGUGCGUGUGUGUGCAUGUGCCUGUUGUCGUGCGUGUGUGUGCAUGUGCCUGUUGUCGUGCGUGUGUGUGCAUGUGCCUGUUGUCGUGCGUGUGUGUGCAUGUGCCUGUUGUCGUGCGUGUGUGUGCAUGUGCCUGUUGUCGUGCGUGUGUGUGCAUGUGCCUGUUGUCGUGCGUGUGUGUGCAUGUGCCUGCUGUCGUGCGUGUGUGUGCAUGUGCCUGCUGUCGUGCGUGUGUGUGCAUGUGCCUGUUGUCGUGCGUGUGUGUGCAUGUGUGCAUGUGUUCGCCCCACAUGCCACAGCUGCCAUAUGCGGAUCUCACGCCCCUGCAAGCAGCUGUCAGUGUCGUGCAAAAGGGUUGCACCAAACCACACUCUCUCCACAGCCUCACCAACUCACAAUCUGCGCUACGCCUCGUGCUCUCGUCCCUUCACCCCCCUCUUCCCCCUCUUCCCCCCCUCCCCCCAUGGCAGGGGCUGCGGCCGCCCAUCCCCAAAGGCACACACCCGCGGCUGGCGGAGCUGAUGGUGCGGUGCUGGCACACCAACCCCAACGAACGCCCCGAGUUCAGUGCCGUGCUGCGCCUGCUGGCUGACAUGGCGCACGAGGUGAGGGGGAGGGGAGGGGCAUGGCAUGGCACACGUGGUGAGGGGGAUGGCGCAUGA